UUUAAAUAGAAAGGAUGGCCGACAGCGCCACUUUGGCUGUGGUCAUUCAUGGAACCAUCCCCGACGAAUUGAAGUCCAUCACACACAAGCCAGCCAGCUCUUACUCCCUUUUCCUACUAUCCUGAUCAUCAGCUGACAGCCCAUCGGAAACGGGACCCCGAAGCACGAUGGCCGAGCAUCUUUCACAGAGCGAGCUUGACUAUCCGUUUAAACUACUCGAGUACUUCAACGGCUUCAGGGUGUCAAAGGUGAUCUUCUCCGCCUGCGAACUGGGCGUCUUCGACCUCUUGACGACGUCGCCGUGUGCCCUGAGCGCCCAGCAGGUAGCGCAGGCCUUGCACGCCAGCGUGGAUGGAACAGAGCGACUGCUGGACGCCCUGGUGGGCAUCAAGAUACUCCACGUGGAGUUGCAGGACGGGACAGCUCUUUACAGCACCACCGAUGUGGCCAGUGUGUACUUGGCCAAAAGUGGCGCCAAGUCGUUGCACGACAUGGCGCUCUAUCAGUCGCAAACCAUCUACCCGCUGUGGAACAACCUGGCGGAUGCCGUCAGGGAAGGCAAGAAUCAGAACCAGAAAACCUUCGGCAUUCCACCCGAGGAGGUCUUCCAAGCCAUCUACAGGUCUGAGGAGGAGAUGCUGAAGUUCAUGGGUCUAAUGGACUCAUCCUGGGUGCUGGACGGACACGACGUGGUGACGGCAUUCUGCCUUGAUGGCUUCCGGAACAUCGUUGACUUUGGAGGCUGCACGGGUGCGCUGGCCCGCGAGUUAGCCAAGGCGUACCCUUCGUCCUCCGUCACCGUGUUUGACAUGCCGGCAGUGGUGGAAACGGCCAGCCAGCACUUCCUGCGGGAGAGUGACACCUUCACAUUCCAGAGCGGAGAUUUUUUCCACGGUGAACUUCCUGCUGCUGACUUGUACGUCCUGGCUCGCAUCCUCCACGACUGGUCGGACGACAAAUGUCUGACACUUCUCAAGAGGAUCUACGACAUCUGCAAACCAGGGGGAGGUGUGCUGCUGGUGGAGGCCAUGUUGCUAGAGAGCCGGCGGGGCCCCAUCCAGGCGCAGCUCUUCUCGCUCAACAUGCUGGUGCAGGCAGAAGGCCGCGAGCGGCCGCCUUCCGAGUACACUGGGAUGCUCCGACAGAGUGGCUUCCGCGCCAUGCAGCUGUGCCGCAUCGGGAAAUCCUACGACGCCAUCUUGGCUCGCAGAUAAGAACGCAGGAAAAAAUGGGUAAAGGAGCACAAUGAGAAAUGUUGCUCUUCCAAAUGCCCAAAUACCAUACAUGCAAUUGUCUAAAGCAGUGGUUCUUCACUUGGGUUUGAUCAAACCCUAGGGGUUUUAGUUUAUUGUUUAGCACAUAUUAUUAUAUCACUAACUGUGCAAGGAGGGAGACGAAGCCUAGGUCUUGUAAAGAGCUCCACUCCUUCUAACCCCCAAUUCCAACCCUUAAUGCUGAGUGCCAAGCAGGGAGGCAAUGGGUCCCAUUUUUACAGUCUUUGGUAUGACCCGGCCGCGGUUUGAACCCACAACCUUCCAGUCUCAGGGCGGACACUCUAACCACUAGGCCACUGAGCUGGUCGGUGAGUCGGUCUCUGGGGUUUGGCAGAGCCUCCACUGCGGAGGUCCGAACACACCUGAUUUAUUGUGUAAAUUUGUGAUAAUGCAUAUCUGAAUUGGUCUCGCAAAGGCAACAGCAGAAGUCACACUGAUUUGCAGGUAUGUAAUUUGUUGCGAGUUCAUGCAUUGUGUUGGUUUUGUUCUUUCAACAAGGUGAUGAUCAUGCACGACUCAUUUUGUGCACCAGUGAAAUACAUUUAUGUCUUGAAUUUGAAAAUAAUCAAAGUUUUCGCUUAAGAGGGGUUUCGCGAAUGCGCAUAUGAAACUGGUGGAGUUCGGUUUCUCCAACAAGGUUAAGAACCACUGGUCUAAAGAUUUAUUUAUAACUUUAUUUAGCUGUGAUAAAGGACCUUUACGUACCUGUUCUAUGAGUGCCCCAGUGAUGAAUUGUACGUAUAUUAUUCAUCUCUUUUCCAAGAUCUCAUCUGCAGAAGUUAAAUGAGGAAAACCACACUGAUUAUUAUCAGAUAUUUCUGAUUAAUAGGACUGAGGCCCUGUCGUACUGUGUAAUAAAUAUCCACAAAAAAGCCA